AUGGAAGAAGAGAUGGGAGAAACAUCCACUAGCAUACAGACCCACCCUGAAGAGGAAACAUAUGGAGAGUUACAACAGACUAGCGAACAGCAAGUCUUGGAGAGACAUCAAACACUAUUUUUUGGGGAACAUGUCUGCAUUGAUGAUAGCGAUGAAGACAU